AUGGAGCAAAACAACGCGAUCCAGUGCGAUCAGGAGGUUCAACCGGCCAAAGUGUACGGAGGCAUCGAGGGACCAAACUCGCAGUACGUGAAACUGGUCAGCAGUGAUAAUCACGAGUUUAUCAUCAAAAGAGAGCUCGCGCUGACGUCUGGAACGAUUCGGGCCAUGCUUUCCGGCCCGGGAGUGUAUGCAGAGAACGAGAGCAACGUCGUCUAUUUCAGAGAGAUUCCAUCUCAUGUUCUUCAGAAAGUGUGUCAAUACUUUGCGUACAAAGUGCGCUACACCCACGCCGCAACCGAGAUUCCAGAAUUUCCGAUUCCACCAGAGGUCGCUUUGGAACUCCUCAUGGCCGCCAACUUUUUGGAUUGCUAG